UGGACUCCAUAUUUAUGCUGCUGGAGGACAACAUGAUCACUUUCAUGAAGAAGGAGCUGAAGAAGUUCCAGAAGCUUCUCAGUUUAGAUUACCCAGAAUGCUCAGUGUUGGAGGGUGAGGAUGAGGAGCCGAGGAAGAGCAGCAGAGAGGCGUUAGUGAAGAUCACAGUGGACUUCCUGAGGAGGUUGAAGCAGGAGGAGCUGGCUGAGCGUCUGCAGAGCAAACUUCUGGAUGCAGCUUGUCCACGUAAACUAAAAUGUGGUCUGAAGAAGAAGUUCCAGUGUGUGUUUGAGGGGAUUGCUAAAGCAGGAAACCCAGCCCUUCUGAACCAGAUCUACACAGAGCUCUACAUCACAGAGGGAGGGACUGAAGUCAGUGAUCCACCUGCAGAUGGGAUCAGGCACGUUCAUCCGGGACAGCUUGUUUUGGAGGAGGUCUGGGAGGAUGGUAUUGAAGGCAGAGCUAAAGUCCACGAACAGGAUCCUGGCGUAGGUUCCCGGUCAGUCCAGAUGCUGCAGGAUGAAGUGCAGGGCUAUGUUGAUGGCGUCGUCUACAGACCUGUUGGCUCUGUAGGCGAACUGCAGGGGAUCCAGGAGGGGGGCCGUGAGGGAUUUGAGGUGGGACAGAACCAGGCGCUCAAAUGA